AUGAAGAAGAAGACUCCGGCGAGCUCGUCAGCUCCGAACAACAACAGAGCUAACCAGAUGAAUCGGAACAACCCGGAAUUUUAUCGCUGUCGCGGCAUACCAAUGCCGCCCAAGGCAGCAAAGGCACAGUCGAUCGAAGCGACGCGGGCUGCAGGAUAUCGCGAGGCAGAGAUCAACAUCGCCGCCCACGAACCCAACAAGGCAGCUUACGGCCGAGACAAUCGCAAGAUAGAGUCGAUUGUGAAGCGUGUGUUCGGCCCCCAAGCAAGCAUCCUGAAAGGAGGAUCGCGGGCGAAGGGGACCAACUUGCAAAGCUCUGACAACGAUGUGAAGGUAAGGCUCCCAAAUAACAGAGUCAUGACCGAACAGGAUCGAUCGGUUUUGCACCACGCCUUGAAAGCAGCAUUCGGACCUGAACGAGUGGAUGCCUCCAAUCCUCGCAUUCUCAAAGUUCGAGGUGAAGCAUCAGAAAUAGAUGUCGUUCCGGUCCACAGUACAUACGCAGGCCCUGGAUUCCAUGCCGGAUAUCCGAAGAAACCCUUCAAGGACAAUCCCAAAGCCCGGACAGCCGUGCGGGACGUGAAGCUGACGGCAGAGGAGCAGGGGAUCCAUCUAAGGGGCUACGACAUUGAGAGGGCGGUUCUCUCACAGCAGCAGGAGCAUUCCGGGGAAGAAUGGUGGGAGACGUCCUGGAGAGCCAAGUCACAGCUUGGAGUCCUUUGA